ACGACGACGUGCUGGCAGCUGAGGAGGAAAAUAAUUUGUUCUCAGCGCUUAAACUACGUCUUUUAGGCGUGUUUUGAGGACAGAAGGCUUGUAUAUAUUGUAGUUAGUACUUCAGCAGUCGUUUCUGUGGGUUGGUGAGUCAAAGUUUUUGUAAAACCCGGAAGUUUAAUGGAAUAAUUUUAGUCGACUAAAGACGUAGCCCACUACAACAACAGUCAUCUGCUUACCACACUAGAGUUGCGUACAAAAAAUAAUGGAGUGCAUUAUGUGACGUGCACAAGAAUCGUGGAGUUAGCCAUGGCAGGAAUGGAAGGAGUACGGUGAUUUGGAGUACAGAAUAAUUGAUAAGUAUCCUUAUCGUUGGAAACGAUAGUUCACAGAAUUGUUCUCUGUGCCGGUGUAAACAUUUGAGUUUUUUGAAAUGAACAUUUGUUCCAUUCGUUUCUCAAUAUGGAUACCGUUAACGAAUGCACGGGUGUGCUGACAUGCUGGACGUGUCGACCUCAAAAGCCGAGUUGCUCUUGCGCAAACGGCUUGUGCUGUUGCUAUAUGUAUGAACUACAUGGACAAGUUCUGUUGAACAAGGUUGUAAACUUGCAUCCAGGGAGCAAAUUAUUGCUGUAGUCUGUUUGACUUUGUGUGGUCAUCAGACAAGGGGUUCUGUCCAUUACCAGCAGAGAUUUUAUGCUCUUUCAGAAACUAGACUUGAAUCUGGUUUUCUACUCUGCAACUGCAUCCAUAACUUAACUUUAAAUACAUUUUGUAUGUCCUGAAAUAAGUGUGAUAAGUCGCCCUUCAUUAUGAGUGACAGAGAGAAAAGAGGAGAAACCGCUUUACAGGGUGGUGUAGUGAAGAGACGGGUUAUUUCCAAUGGUAUAGCCUCACCCGGUGAGCGAGCAAAACAUAGCUCAAGGGGUCCAUCACCAGUUGAACCUGUCGAAGCUGAAGGUUUUGUUCAUCGCACUGUACUACACAUAAAUGGUGAGAUUCACCCUGCUAGUGCUACAGUACACAAGUCCCGCGCUAGUGUUAAUCUGUCCACCAUCAAUGGCCAGUGUAAAGUUGUUGAUGGUGACCAAAACGAAGAAUCCAAGAAUCCGCGCCCUCAGUCAAGUCACAGUAGCUCAGUCCUCCCGAAAGAAGAAUUUAGGAUAAAUGCCACCCCCAAAGAUGCCCCACCUACAGACUCGCAAGCCCCACCAAGAACAAACGACAAAGACACAACUGAAGAAAUGGAUGCACAUGAUUUAAGCCACAUGAAACGACAAAAAUCAGUUACUAUCUGUGAACCGGAUGAAGUUGUAAAAAAUGAGACCCUUUUUCGGAUUGAGAAAGUCGAAAAUGAUUUGAAUAAGGAAAAUUUUCAAACUGUCCCCAUUGGAAUUACAAGUGAAACUGCAGACGUCAUUGCUAUUGCUAAGCAGGGAGAGGAGGAGGCAUUAGAUGUGACAGAAGUGGAGAAGGAUGAUAAGGCUAUAGAUAAAUCACCUGAUGGACGCUUCAUGAAAUAUGACAUCGAAGUUGGUAGAGGUUCAUUCAAGACAGUCUACAAGGGGCUUGACACAGAAACCGGUGUAGCAGUUGCAUGGUGUGAAUUACAGGAUCGCAAGUUGAAUAAAAUGGAGAGGAUGCGUUUCAAGGAAGAAGCAGAGAUGCUGAAAGGUCUUAGCCAUCCCAACAUUGUCAGCUUCUUUGAUUACUGGGAGGUACUGGGACCACGCGGCCGGAAGCACAUCGUUCUGGUCACUGAGCUCAUGACAUCUGGAACUCUCAAAACGUAUUUGAAGCGAUUUAGUGGCGUCCGAAUCAAAGUCCUUCGCAGUUGGUGCAAGCAGAUUCUGAAAGGUCUCCAUUUCUUACACACCCGCUCCCCGCCCGUCAUCCACAGAGAUCUCAAGUGCGACAAUAUUUUUAUCACAGGAACAUCAGGCUCCGUCAAGAUUGGAGACCUGGGCCUUGCGACCCUAAAGAAGAGCUCAUUUGCCAAGAGUGUGAUAGGUACCCCAGAGUUCAUGGCGCCCGAAAUGUACGAGGAGCACUACGACGAAUCCGUGGAUGUGUACGCGUUUGGCAUGUGCAUGCUGGAGAUGGCGACCUCGGAGUAUCCCUACAUGGAGUGUACAAAUGCUGCGCAGAUCUAUCGGAGAGUGACCACAGGCGUGCGACCAGCGAGCUUUGAGAAAGUGACUGACCCCAAAAUUAAGGAGAUAAUUGACCGGAGUACAAGGAGAAACAAAGAGGAAAGGUACAGCAUCCAGAACCUUCUGAAGCACGAGUUCUUUGAGGAUACAGGAUUCCGAGUGGAGCUGGUAGAGGAUACGAACACGGACAACAUCCAGCUGCAGCUGAGGGUAGAAGACCCCAAGAAGCGCCGAGACAAGCACAAAGACAACGAGGCACUUCAGUUUGCCUUCUACCUGCAGAAAGAUGAACCCGAGAAAGUGGCUGCAGAAAUGGUUCGCUCUGGCUUCCUGAAUGAAGAGGACCUUAGAGUGGUCACCAAGAUCAUAAGAGACCGCAUUGCCGCCGUGAAGAAGAACAGAGAUCGGCGCGAAAAACAGGAGAAAGAGAAAGAGAGUGAAGCUGAAGGUUCCUCCAACAUUACCACACAAGACAGUGGUCUUGGUUCAUCGGCACCAUCGGAUACUUCAAGCAAGCCACAGAGUGUUCGUUCUAUCCCUGUAUCAUCAAACUCACAGCAGCAACAGCAGCAGCAGUCCACACAGCAGCAGCAGGCUCAGGCACCUCAGCCAUCCUCGCAACAGCAGGGAGCAUCAGGUGUCGCGUCAACCACUUCUGGGCAGCAGGGUCAAUUCCAACAGCAGCCUCCUGCACAACAGCAGCAGCAGCAACAGCAAAUAACUCCAAAUCAACAGCAACAACUCCUACAGCAACAGGGACAGUAUCCCGUUGCACCCCAGUAUGCACAGGUGCCUGCCCAACAGAGUUUCAAUCAGCAGCAGUUUCAGCAGCCCCAGCAGUUCCCUUCCGGACAGACCCCUCAAUAUCAACAGCAGCAGCCGUCACAGCAACAACAGCAAGCACCAACACCGCAGCAACAGCAACAGCAGCAGUUUCAGAUACAGCCCCAGGGCCAGCAGCAGGCAAAUGGACAGUACCAACAGUUUCAGAUCCCUGCAGGUUAUCAACAACAGCCGCAGCAACAACAACCCCCUUCCCAACAACAACAGCAACAACAACAACAACAACAGACAGCUCAACUGCAGCAGCAGCAGCAAACAUCUCAAGUCCAAGAUGGCCAGCCACAGUCCGCAGCUGAAGUGCCCAAGACUGACAACCAGUACAUUGGCAAAGAUUCCCCGUCUACCGAAAGACGAGAUACAGGGAGCUCGACGACAUCAAUGUCAGCUUCAACUAUCACAGUCCCCGGUGGAUCAACCUCUAACUUAGCUCUGACAGACACAGAGGACAACACCGAAACGGGCGGCAGCGGCUACGAGAAAGCGGAGCGGAAAGAGAAGAGUGAGAAGGAGAGGAAGGCCAGGCUGAAAAGUAUCAAGAAGAAGCAUGAACGACCUCCAAAGCUCAACAUCAUCUCGGUGGAUGAGGACUACAUCGUGGAGUGCUCCUUUGAGACGUAUAAAGGCGAGAGGGUACAGUUCCAGUUCAGUGUGGACAACGACAAUCCUGAUGACAUUGUGGAAGGACUGCUUACGAAGGACCUGAUGCCAGCACAAUACACCGGGAUCUUCAUCGAGCAGCUUGAGAAGAUAUGCACUGAGGCCAAGAAGAGCGGUCCAAUGACAGCCACACCCGUCACAACAUCCUCAGAAAUGGCACCUGUUGAUAGACCGCCAGCAUCCUCUAGCCCCAAAGUAGCUGAUACCAUCACUGCGGUGAGCAGUGCAGCACCAGAGAUGGCUCCUUCUGCAGCUGAGGUGGUUAGUCUUGUGGCUACACCGGCAUCUGAAUCGACCGUGUCAGAGUCCACUGUAAUGAGUGACGACAGUAUUAGCCCGCCUCAGGUCACGGGGAGUAAAGUACCGGAAAGUUUCAGCAACAGCACCCUUGUCGACAGUCAAGGACGUCCGGUGUCUCCAAAGAAGGAGCAACCAGAAGCACCCAAAGUAUCUGACGCAAACGCAAACCUGGUCCAUGCACAACAAAGCCCUCCAGAAAACAGCAAUCAGAUCCCUGCCGAACAACAGCAAGUCCCUGGGGUGGAUAAACUUGAAGCUGGUACAAGUGAGGUAUCUACUAAAGCAACAAGCAAUGGGAGCGUACAUGCACCCCGGACCUAUGCUGAGGCGGCAGCAGUGAGGAUGGUAGAGCAGCAGAAGGUCUUACAACAGGCAAAUAGAAGCCAAGUUUCCCCAGGAACAGCAGGGGAGAUGAAUCCAGUGUCACUGAGCAAUCCCAUUACUGCAGUGCCCCAGGGGAACAUCCUGGCCCCACAGCCCAUCUACCCUAUGCACAUGAUGCACCAACAAGGAGCACCCAUCCAGCAGGUGAUGGGACCUGGAGGUGGUAUCCAAGUUUAUCCCCUUCAGGCGCCAUCAGAAGGCCAACAGCAGAUGCCUGUUAUGAACCAACCCUAUCAAGUACAGAUGGAAGGAGGACAAACUGUCUGGGUUCAGGGGUUGAUGCCAAUGGCAAUGCCUCAAGGGCAAGCGGUGCAGGCCCAGAUCCAAGCAAGCCUCAUGCAGCAGCACCAGAACCAACAGAUGCAGCAGCUUCAAGGUCAACUACACCAUCAGAAUGCCUAUGGUACAGCCCCUAACGGUGUUGGGCAGCUAGUUGGUCAGGGAGGACCAGUGCCUCAGAUGAUGCGGCAGACUCAACAACAUCUGCAACAGCAAGGUCAACAACAAUAUCAACAACAGCAGUUUCAACAACAACAACAACAGCAGCCUCUUCCUCAACAGUUUCAACAACAACAGUUUCAACAAAAACCACAGCCGCAGCCACCCCAGCAGCAGUCUGGAACUGUGCCACAAACUACUGCAGCUCCAAACACACCGGUUGUUAAACAGCAAGGCCUUGGGAGCUCAGCUUCACUUGCAGAUCUCCAAGCCAAGUUGAAGCAACUUACCAAUAAACCACAGCCAAAGUCUGCUUUCACACCAACCCCGAGUCAACAGGCUUCACAGGCAGUGACACCAGUCCAUUCACAGCCGUCAACACCAGCCAUGCAGCCUUAUCCUGCAGGGCAGCAGGUGAUAAACCAACAGCAAGGAGUCUCACAGUCCCAGCUGCAGGCAACCUACCAGCAGUCCCCACCACCACAAGCGCCUGCAUCUCAUGUGCCUACACAGUUUGUGUCACAGCAAGAGCAGCCCACUCUAGUCACUCACUCCUUCUCAGCCCCGAUACUUACCCCUAGUGUGAACAAUUCCACCAAUAUACCACAUCAAGUCCCUCAUUCUGCUCAUUCAAGUGUUUCUCAAGGGCUUCUCCCAAGCAGUAUCGCAGAUGCAUCCAUGGUUACAGAGGGCUCUCGGCAUGGUACAACAUCACAAGCUGCAUCUAGAAAGUCUUCGGCCUCCUCAAAUCCCGACAUGAUAUCUUCUCCUUACCCUGCAGGAACUGCUGAUCAGUCUGGAGAAAGUGUCAAAGCAGCUGAGAAAGUCAACACCGAGCCAGUUAAGACCAUUUCCAGAUUCCAGGUGCAGAACGUCGCCGAAGAUCCGCUAAAGGAAAUUCUUUCAAGGACGGACAAUGAAACAGUCACGCAACCUGCGUCAACGGCAAAUGUCAAUGCAAGUAGAAAUGGAGAAAGCAGAGAAAGUAGGGCACACUCAGUGCCAGAUGUUAGUGUAGGUGUAGGUGCACUCAAUGAUGUGAGUGCGUCAAGUCGAAAGUCUUCCAUAGAUGUUGAUGCAACUGUUCCCAUGACGAGAGAGCCUGUGGUUAUUAAAGGACGCUUUACUGUGACACCGUCAGUGAGUGUUGACGUUGGCAGUGAUAAAGCCAAACCUAAAGCUGACAGUAGUACCUCCAGUGCAACGCCAGCUCUCAAGGAUCCAGUUAAAACGGACACACAUGCUCCAGUCGAUGGAGCAAGCAAAGUAGAGUCAGUGACAGGUCGAUUCCAAGUGACCACUAUUAAAGACAAUGUCGCUGCUAUGGCCGAGCAAGCGGGCCCACCUGAGAAGGAAAGCGUUGCACCCACCACAAAUGAGUCACAAUCCAAACCAGUCCAAGCUGCUAUAUCCAGCCCCCAAACAGUAACCGACCAAACGUCUAGACAGCCAGAAGUAAGUGCGUCAGCAACCUACCCUCAAACCCACCCAACUCUGGAGCGCAAGGCGUCCGGCGACAGAGGUACACCAGAUAGCAUAGCGUCUGACAUUGGCCCUUCACAGCGGAUGGCACCAGAGAACCCAUCAGGCUAUCCGAUGUACCCUUCACCAGCGAAUGCCAUGCAGAAUGAAGGUUAUUACAAUCCAGUUGCUACGCAAUUCUACACCCACUACCCGCCCGAGAGGUUAUCACCCGGGAUGCAGAACCAACUCUUUGGACCAAUGAGCUUCAACUUUGGGGAUUCAGACGAUAGGCCAGAACUGAAGGAAAUGCUCCAAAGACAUAAGGAUGAACAGUCCCAGCUUUUACAGAAACAACAGGAGGAGUUGAAGCAGUUCCAGAGACCAGCUCAGUUUGUCCUGCCACAGCCGUUUAUGUACCCACAGUUCUACCCAUUCCAAGGUGGGCUCGCCCUACCCCAAGGCUACCCCAUGCAGGCAGCGUUUGCAAUGCAGCAGGACCCAGGUUUGUACAACACACCAGGACCCUGGAAUCAAAGCAUGGUUCCCCUGCAUCAAAUACCAGGAGGCGGACCGAGCAUCGUGACGACCACAAGUACGCCCGUCUUCACCAGUGGCUCAACAGUCGGGCACGUCAUGAAUGCACCCAAAAUGUACUUACGAAAAAGUUCCAUCCCCACAUUCGCCAUACCGGCAGGAUUUGGAAGGCUAGGAGGAAGUUCAGCCAUUGCUCCUCAGAGUAGCUCUACUACGUCGGCAGCGCCCAUGCCACCACCGCCAGUUCGCCUGAACAAGAGCGAGAGCUUCACAGAGUCUCACAGUAACGGGCUUCCAGAUACUGCGCUUGCAGCUUCUUCUAUCAGGCAGCGAGCAACGACUCUUCCCAUAACAAGCCUUGAGGUCAACCAUGCAGCCGAUCAGCAAGUAGAGUCCACUGCUGAAGUGACUCCACUCGCCACUCAAGCAAACAUCGAGCAGGAGGCAGGGAACAAAGGCGUCUUUUCACCAACACCCUCUGAGGGUAGUGUGUCUGAUAACAACGAACAGGUGCUUACCCCAGAUGGAGAGGAACCCAAAUGGGUGGAAAGCGGCCCUAUAGCUAGGCGACCCCAAGACCCCAAAGAGGCUUCACCGACAACAGGCGAAUCAUCCUCUAAGAAGGUUGUGUUUACAGAAGAUCAAUUCAAACUGGCUGAGAUAGGAAAAGCCCCAGUCAGAACCGCCACCACUGAGGCUGAGAAGAAGGUCAGCCUUAACGAGUUGCGCAAGAAUCAAGUGCGGCAGGAUCUUCAGAGUAACACGGCUUCAGGGGCGGGAGUGAAGGUCGCCGGUCAGCAAGAGACGCCGAAAGGUCAAUAGGUCACCUGUUUAUUAUUGCUAUUACCAGUAAUUUGUAGAAAUUAAAUAAUAUCCGUAGUCUAACCAUUCUGGUUUUGUGGGAUAGUAGUACUCUGGUCCCAAUUACAUAGAGGUGUUUAAGCACAAAAAGUAACACAGCACAAAAUAAUGCCUACUGGAGUAAUGUUAACAGCCAGUCCCAUCUCACAUUGGCAAAUUGUGAUUGGUAUCCUGCUUAUUUGUGCUAAGUAGAAAACAUUCAAGCAAUAUGUUCUGCUUUAAACAGCUCUUUGGAAUUGAGCCAUGGUGUGUUCACAUUCGUUGAUCGUUCAACUAUGAAAACAAAAAAGCUGAAGUAAAACCCAAUAAUUACCUAUUCCUCAUCUAAAUUUUAAGAACACCUAAUGUUCUGUUUCCAACCCAUUCGCAAAGCCUUCAUUAGAGAAUGGAUCACUGCUAAGCAUGGAUCACUGUAUCAGUGUAUCUGGCAUAUUAAUUAAACAGUAGAUGUCUUUGUGAUUUCCCAAUCAAAGUAAAAUACCAAAAUUCCUACAGAUUUUUAGGUGGGAUCGUACUCUUGCAAGAUUGCUGAAAAUCUUUGCAAAUUGGUCUUAAAGUCGGAGGCAUUUUGAGAAAACUGAUUGUGAAAUGAAUUUCAACCGAAGAUUCACAUUUGUUCCCAAUGUCAUGGAGCUGCUUAACCAGAAAAUAGCCCUUGGCAAUUUUCUACUGAGCAAUAUUAAGCAGACUACCAGUCAACAUGCUGGGAGCAUGUUCUGGUAGGCAUAAGUUUGUUGUGCUUAGCUGGUUUUUUUCUGCUUAAGCAGCUCUCUGAAAUUGAGCCACGAAGGGAUGAUCAUUAGAGAUUUGAAUGUGCAUUCAGUGGCAGAGGAAACAUAAAAAUGUCAUAGCACCUCAUUAUCUAUGUGUACUAAACAAGAAAUUGAUUUACCAGAAAAAAAAGGCAAGGGUACAGUUCCAAAUAUUUGGAUGCUGUCAAUCCUGUGACACUCAUACAAUUUCUGCACAUGUGAAACACACUAAACCUCAACUACUAUCCCCAUCACUUCAACCGUGUAUCAAGUACUUACAGUCACUUUCUCCCCACCACUCACUGGCCGUGUACUAGCGUAAAUUAAAAAACAAAAAAAGCACCAGGACCUGGUUUGUAUAGAGCUCAGCUGUGAAACUCAAUUUUUGCUUAGCUCUUUCAAAUCCUACUAAGCGAAUAUAUGAUGGAACAAUGAUGCUUAUUGCUUCCGACUGGUUCCUCACCAAUAGUUGCUUGAUGAUUUGAGAGGAGAUAAUUUGACGACUAAUCAUUGUUUCUUGGCUCUGUAAGAUUGGGCCCACUAAUGUAAGUAACUUAACACCAUUCCAGUUGUGUGCACUUUGUAAAGGGACCCUAUUACUGUACAAUAUAGGCACCACCCGAGUAAACUGUAUUAUACAUAAUCUUGUGUAAAGGUGGUUGCGACUCUUAAUAAAUAAACCUGAGUGUAUAAAAUAUUGGUAAACGAUUUUUCGCCUAUUUUUAAGAAAAACAAACAAAAAAGAAGUCGUUUUAAUACUGAGGAGUGACAUUGUUGAAAAUAGUGUCGCUGCAGUUUGGUUCUAUUAUGUGUGUGAUUGGGCUUGACUUCAUUAACACAUGUAGGUUAGUUGCUUGCCAACAUAUUUAUCUGCCAAUGUUGACCUAAAAAGUUAAAUAAGAUACAUAUAUGGGAAUGUCUGGUUCAACACAAUGUAAUACACUUAUUCCACUUUCAGCUGUAUUACAGUUGAGAAUCAGUUCGGACUGUCAAUGGGAUUUUUUUUCUGUGUGAAGAUCAUUCACCAUAAUUCAAAGUAGAAUCAUUUCGACUCUGGUGUCUAUAUGGCAUUGGCUCGAUUUGUGGGUUUAGUCUGAAAUAGUUCAAAGCUAAAUAUCUUUUGUAGAAAAAUGUGUCACUUUUAGUUCGCUUGCUGCUCACCCUGGUUGUUGUUAAACUGAAAUUGUGAGGGGGGAGGGGUAUGUUACUCAAGGGAGCGAUUACAUAAUGUACCCUGCCUACUCUAGCCACUCCAUGAGGGAUAUUUCGUCAGCAGCAGAGUCAGUUGUUUAUUUUCAUCUUUCAAAGAGUGUUUACUCCAUUGGAUAAUUAGUAAUCUGGUAAACUAUCUUCUGAGAAUUGCGAAUUUGGUAUGAGAGAGUCAGGGAACAAAACCGGUUCACACUUGGCGCAUACACCAUGCCCGAUAUGACGCAGAGAGAAUCCUCCAUAAUGUUCCUAUACUUUAAUUUCUCCUUGGUAAAGGGCACCCUGUGAGGAAAUUAUAAAUUUCUACUGGAGCAUUUCAAGGGCACCAAGGCAAUGACCAGGGGGCACGGAGGCAAUCGCCUUCAGUGCCUUGGUGUAGUGUCAGGCCUGCUCCUUUGUACAGAGGUAAUCAUCCCCCCUCCUAAAAUCCUCUGUAGAAUUCCUAAGAUUCCAAACACACAAUGGAUACACAAAGGAAGGGGGUCCACCAUAACCUUAUAUCAAGCAACAAAUGUUGAUGCAGAAUGUAUAAGCAAAACAAUAUUUUUGUGCGUCACAAUUAGGCAACAGACCACAGACUAUCCACUGUUUGCACAACAAAACUUUGCAUCACUUUCGCGUGAAGUGUGAAUUUGUAUUAGCUCUGUAGUGGAUCUCGUUUUCUUUGAAGAGUAAUAUCUGAAAUUUCUGCAGAAGCUGACAUGGCUCACUAGGGCUCUAUUUCAUAGAGCUGCUUAAGCACGAAAAUUAGCGAAGCAGACCAGACCAGUAGCUUACCAGAAUAAGGUUACCAACCAAACUACCAUGACACAUGUAAAGUUUGUGACUGGUAACCUGCUUAUUUCUGCUUAGCAGGAAGGUGCUUAGCAUAAUUCUCUUCUUAAGUAGCUUUUUUUAAUUGAGCCCUGAUGAUUAAAACAAACAAAUUCAAACAACAUUCACUUUCUCAUGGUUCGAGUUUAGCUCAAAUCAUCAAGGUUUUGGUGUAAAAUAGCACAAGUUUACCCAGAGUUGUUAUACUUUAAUUACAUCAAGGAGUGGUGAAAGCUUCAUGAAGUAAAAACUUUACAUUUCAGUUAGCCCCUAACGCUAGCAUUAAUAUAGGGUAGUUCUUACAUAAAACUUGGCUAGAAGAUUUGCUUCCUUGUUGUGUCAGGUACAUGUAUUGUGUAAAACCGUUUGUAUACAAAGGUAAUGGAAGCAUUUUUUGAAGUCUGUAAACUGAAGUAGUGCGAAGUAAAAUGGGUUUUAACUAUUGUACUUAUCUCGCCCCUCCCCUGUAUGUAAAUAUGAUCAGCCUAAUAUGGUGUGAAUGGCUACCUAAUAUGCAAAUUUUUGUAGCACUUUUGCCCGAUACAGUCUAGCCAUUGCCUUUCCAUGUGCUGCUAUUGAGCAUUUUUGCAAGAAUGCAUCCAGUAAGAGGUGAAGCUUUUUGCUGUUGUAAAUAUUAACUGUAUUAUUUAACAUGGAAAUAUUAAAAAUGUGCCUGCUUUAAUUGUAAGGGUUACGUUUGAGUCAAAGUGAAAAUUUAAAAGGAAAAACCUCUCCUUGGCACUCCAAAAAGAAAUGAAUAAUAAUAACCACAGUAACAAUUGUAUAAGUCCAGUUAAGUGUUUAUUUGUUUGUGAUCGAAUAUGUCUACUGAACAUUCAUUUAUAUUUUGUUUAAUAAUCUUCAUGAAACCCAGUGAUAAACUCAAAGUGUCAGAUUGCGAUAGGGGUACAGCAAACACUGAAACAUGGACAGUCCUCUCUGUCAUUUGAUAGGGUUAAUAUUUCGUACAAUAUAUCAUAGCAUGUCGUGGGCGAGCGAUCUAUCGCAUCAAUAUCAAAUUCUGAUGGUCAGGUCAUAAGAGCGUGGGUUUGAAUCCCAAUUUUGGCUGAUACUUUUUUAGGGCAUGAUACAUAAGACUACUUCUCAUCACCAAGUAGUAAAUGGGUACCUGCAAGGUUGAUCGUGAAUGAUAAGUAGGUGGUUUCAGGAGUGAAAUAUAUUAAGCGGGGUAAGGUUAGUGUAAAGGCACUUUGACACAAUGUUUACCUGCACCUGAUAAAUGCCUAUAAUUAUAAAGACACCACAGUUUCAGCAGAGUGCUUUGCCUUAAGAUCGCACUGGAGCCCCCUAAAAUAAAAGCACAGCAGACCAGUGGUAUGAUGUCCACACACUAGUCUGUUAGGUGAUUAAGAAUGUAUAAUUACCUAGCCAAGCUACCACAUCUGCUGUCUGAAGGUCAGCAUAAUUUGUAAUGAUUACUCAGAGACAGUUAACUAUAUCACUCAGAAGGUAUCAUAGAAACAAAAAAUCGACAUGCAUCAUACUUAAUCGAAACGAAUCACAAUAGACCGUAUCGAACAUGACGUCACCAUUCAAAUACCUGCCCUACAACAUUGCGUCUGUAAGCGUGUGUGCGUGUGCCUGCAGUAGAAAUCAAACCGGGAGCACCGCAUGCUUCUUUGAUGUACGUGUUUAGACGUACAUAGGGCCUGCCCUACAACAUGGCCACUUUCAUAGUAACAAAGUGGUUAUUCAAUACAAUACAUAGCAACACGUUAUUCCUUUCACUUAAUCCUGUUUGUGUUCAGUCAUUUUUUUUUUUUUUAACUAAUCACAGAUCCUUCUGCUUUCCAUGCAAAAUGAAAAGUGUUUUUUGGGGGAUGUUAAAUUGUUUGUCAACAUUUGUUUUUGAAUAUUGACUUGUGUAUCCAUCCAGAAAUUGAACAAUCGCUUACUGUGUAUCCGUGUAUGCCUUAGUGAUUAUUCUAACAAGGGACAGGUUUUAUUUUAUCAUUAUAAACCGCUUAGCAACUUAAUGUUAACAGAAAAGUUAAAACUGUAAGAAACAAAAAGAAUUGUACUAAUUUACGAAUCAAGUU